CUACCUGAAAACAAGUUCUCGGUCAUGACGACGCAACCAACAAAUGCUUGACUGUAUAACUUAAGUUGAUAGAACUUCAUUUCGUAGUAUUUUAAAAGGAAAACGUUUAACUUGGACAUGUGUAAGUAGAAGAUCAACAUAUAUGACUUUGACUACUUCCACAGCACCAAAAAUCAAUAUUUGGAAUCACAGUUAGGAAUGCUGAAACCGAUGUGAAAGAUGGCUGUUCUGAAUUACCUGUACCCUAGUCCACUGCGAGAUGCGCUGAUGUUUUUAUUUGACUUGGCAUGGCACCAACUUCACACUCUUGCAUUUGUCACAUUCACAAGUUCCUUGUUUAUACCUGAAAACUAACAGAUGUUUUAGAAUCAGCACAGAACUCAUGUCUGAAGUAGUGCCUUUCGGUGUUAGUAGCUAUACUGAUCUAGCUACAAAUCUGUCGUCAGCGUUGAUGUUUCUCUUUGAGUUUGCUUGGAGGAUUCGUUUUCGCUUACCUAGUUUGAUCACAGUCACCUUCCUUGCACUUGACAUCAGGGUUAGAGUUGAAAUUGAACUACAGAACAUGCCAUAAUAUGUAGGGUGUUGCCACAGUCUAGCAUUCAAGAUGAGUCGUGGUGUUAGAGACCUAAGAGACCUUAUUUGUGUGUCCCGUUUGACGGUCCGUGAGAGCGAUGAGGAGAUUAUUAGUGAUGAAGAACUGAACAACUUUGAUUCUUUAUCAAUCAGCAGCGAUAGUGGAUCUGAUAACAAACAUGGCCUGACUAAUUCUCAAGGACUCAUUCAGGGUGGCAUUUCACCUGAUUCAGGUUUCGUGACAAAUGGUUCACCAUCGGAAGUUGUGGCCACAGCUAAUGUAGAAACUCAAAUUUCAAAAUCCCAGAAAAGGGCGGCUAAAAGGAGACGUAAAAAGAAGGAAUUAGAGACUUUUCCCUCUCGCCAUGACCUCCCCAAACCACCACCCCUUCCUCCAGUGCAAGGUGGUUCGGAAGACUUCUCACAGGAAUCAGUGCAGCCUGACUCUGAAUCAAGCCGAGUUGGAAAUUCAUCUGCCCAAAUGAAAUCAAGAGCAUACAAGAAAAGUGGUAACUAUGACGAUAUGUUGUGCUUCAUGGAUGCUACACUUGUGUCGGGUUGGCUUACUCAGGCCAAUGAUGCAGUCGGAGCCCUAUGCAAGUUUUGUCACGCAGGCGACAAUUAUGUUCAGUUUGCUCACUUUUGGCUCAGCAGCUUUUCAGAUGUGCAAAAGCAUGAAAUAUUUGAAAUGGAGUAUGAAAUUCUCAUUGAAGAGAUGUGUUUAGCAUUUUCCGUUGGUAGGGAACAGAGGAAAGUUCUGAGAUCCGACAUUACAAAUCUUGCCUCAGCUCUUUUGGUUGAAUACCCCUCAAAGUUGAUGAGUUCCAAGGGCAAUCAUUUAUUCCUGGAUUACCUUGAUAUUCUGUCAUCUGAGAAGAAAGAGCAGUACAAGCACCUGUUGUCCAAUGUUCGUUGUUCCACCAAGAACAGACAGUAUGCCCAGUGGUUGCUGGCCACAAGGUCGUUUGCCCUUGUCAGUAUGUGGAGUGCAAUAACAAACUUUUACCAGAACUUGACAGGGAUUGGGAACCAUUCCGGGCUGCCCCUGCCGUCCAGUGUCUCAUGUCUUGAUGCAAGCUACCAGAGGAUGUAUCAGGCAAUUAGAUUAGGGUAUGUGGAUGUACUGCACUACCUGCUCGUAGGAGGCCAUGUCAAGCCACAUCACCUUGAUUCCCACCAGAGAAGUCUCAUCUUCACUGCUGUUAUGCACAACCAGGAAAAAGUUCUGCACUACUUACUGACAAGGGUUCAUCCAGCAAUAAACCCGAACCAGCCGGCUGACACAGGCAACACCCCUCUCCAUGCUGCUGCCAACAGCGGCAAUCUCAGUCUGGUGGUGGAGCUCCUCAAGUGUCCCUACGUUCAAGUCAGUGCUACCAACCCACAGUGUGAACAUGCUACUCCACUACACCUUGCUGUCAUGCAUGGUCAUGAGAAGGUGGUAGAGGUGCUUGUGGGGGCCAAGGCUGACCUCGAUGCCAAGAUGGGGGACCUCACGCCAUCAGACAUUGCGCGAGACUUUGGGAAGCCAGACCUCCAGAAGCUGUUGACAAGCUAGUAUUGACUAUAGUGUAGUUGCAGGGAAACUACUAUGCUAGUAUACUACUCCCCUGAGAAAUACUAGGGAAAUGGCAGUAGUCUGAAAUUAUAUGUAUGAUUUGUACUGCUGUGUAUGGAAAUAUUUUUGGGAUAUUAAUUAUAUAUUUUUAUGAUAUAGAGUUAUGAAUAUAGACCAGAUGACUCGAUCAAACUCACUUAUGUGACCAUAAGUGAAUUAUUAACUGUAUCUCACACUUUGAGAUGUGAAUAAAAAUGCGCCAUUGGUGUCAUGAAAUAGUAUAUAUUUUAACCUUUUAGCCAAAAGUUAACCUGAAAAGUUGUAUGUUAACUUUCAUUCCAAACGGAAGAGUAUUUGAUAACUACAUAACCUCUCCUUGGAUUCAUCGUUUUUAACAUGAAAUCAAUAAUGUUUGCAUUCCAUUGAAGAUUUUAUUUGAUAUUAAAUAGGAAAUCAGUGCUUAGGAAAAUGAUUUCCUAAACAAGGAAAACAAUAUUUGUGAUGCAAAACCAAGUUAGACAACUGUAUUCGCGUGCUAGUGAGUCAUGCUAUUGUACAUUUACUGAAGUCUGAGAAUGAUAGGAAUCUUCCUGUUGUCAGUCAGGACCUUCUUGUGUUGGAUCAUGCAUCCACUCGGAGACUGUUAUGUGCAUAUUUAUCAGACAUACAUGUCUUUCACUGGAACUACAAAACAUUUGUGUGAUUCAGCUAAUGUGAUUUGCUUCCCUCUCCUGUUAAAUUGUUUUAUUUAACAAUCUUAGAUAUGAAGAUUGGUAUCUGAAUCAGUUUAUUCCUCACAUUUUAAAUGAAAAAAUGUUAUUUUAGUUGAUUGUAACAAAUGCUUUUGUUCAGCUGCCUGCCAUUAAUUAGUAUUAGUCAGCUGCCAAAUCUAUUUACUGGGAUUAUGUUAUAGGAUGUUUGUGUCUACUUCAUUUGAUGCUACUCAAAAGAAGGUAAGUAACGUCUGACGCUCUCAUAUUGCUAUAUGUGAUCUGUAUAAUAUGAAUGAAUCAGGUUUUCUUUAACUACUUUUGAGAAGUAUAUUUACUGUGGGGUAAUAAUUGAAUUAAUUGUUUCUUCUAGAUGUGCAUUAGGAAGAAAGGAAGAUAACCCCCUAGCAAUAGUACAUUUGUCACCGCAUACUAUUUAACCCCAUGUCAUUAUGAAGUAUGACCUCCCGAUUCUUUCAUAUUACUGUAGUUAAUCUAUCAUGGUAUGAAAGAAUGGGAGGUCCUUGACUUCUUUUGACUAGUAUGAAAUAGGAUUAACAUGGAGAGGAUGGUUUGAUUAGCUUGUUUGUGAAGUCGGUAGAUGUUUGUAUGUGAAAUGUGUCCAUGUUUCAGUGGCUUUGAGAAAUAACCCUGUAAGCAUGGUAAGAACAGACGUUAUUUGAGAAACAGGGAGACAACUCUGUACUGACUACAGAUUGUAGCUGUAGAUUGGUCCAAGGUGAAAAGCUAAAUCCAAGGUUUCUAGCUAUACAACUUAGGCAUCCUUGCUAUGAGAACUGAAUCUCAUGCUGUUGCUGUGUUAGUCCUAGAAUUUGCCAUGGUUGUAAAAAAUUAAAUAUAUCUAUAUAUUUACCUUAGUCAUUUGGAUCACAGAUAAAUUUUGUGAUAUUUCAGUGCUGUGUGUUUAUUAGGCAAAAAUGGAUUCAGUGUCCUGCUACAAUAUAUAAACUGUUAGAUGUAGUAAUUAUCUUUCAGACGCUGCUGUGGUAGAAGACAAAUUAUCAUUGUAGAUUUACUGGUAAUAAUGGUCUUUCCAGGUAUUCUGAAUUCUGCCUGCAGUGGUUGGUCCAUUCAUAAAGAAUUGGCCGUGUGGUGUUACAGAAAUGAAGGCAAAUACUCUCCAUGUUAAUGUUUAUUUUUUAUAAUUGCACUGUCCGUGUUACUGAUAUAAGUACAUGAAAUUAAUCAAUCUGAAAGACUGUAUGGUUCCCAGUCAAGUAUUCUCAGAAAGGUGACAUGGUUAAGAUUUUUAAAUUUUCUUUGAUUGUGUUGUUAACUGUAUGAUAAUAAACUUGCUCAAUUUUAUUUUUAAUGGUGACCUCUGACAUUCUCUGUGUGUACAGUAAUUUAUUCUUCAUGCGACUCAUGUAUAUAACAUGUACAUUCUGAAAGGUUAUUUAUGUGAGACUUGUCUGAAAUAUUGUUGAUGCAGUUUUGAAUAAGGAAUCUAUUUUUUAUGAACCCACAUUCUUUUGAAUGGAGUGCAAAGCUGGAGUUAAAUCAUUAAACGGAAAAAACAAUAUUUUUACAUGUUCACCAUAUCAUAUGAUGUACAGAUAAUGUUUACCUAGAAGAACAUUCAUCACUACAUGGCUUCAAUAUUGCCCAUGCUGUGUAAAGUUUUAAUUCGCUCACUUCAAGAUUAUUAUAUGAUAUCCAUUCUUCAUGAGCAUGGUCCAGUCACACAGUGUACCCCUGUGGGGAAGCUGGGUUAGAACUGGUCCCCAAGAACUUAUGCUGGACCUAAGAGGCGACUCAAUGGAUAGGAUGGUCCUGGUACCCCGAUGGAAGAGAUUGUUGCUUACAAUAUCAAUCAAUGGAUUGUCUGAUCCUGAUUUGAUUAGAGGCUGUUGUCAUAUAGCUGGAAUAUUGCCGAGUGCAACAUUAAGAAACAGACAAGCUGCACCACAGACAGAGUGUAUAUUUGCAUCUGUGUCACAUAAUGUAAUAUAUUUGUACUGUGUCCGUGGGGAUAUUGGGGUUGGCUACGACCAGUCCUGGAAGCUGGAGAAGAUUUAACAUCACCUCACUGGAAACACUUCAGAGUGGUAGUGGUGUUUGUGAAGUGUGUUUCUGUUUGAUUGCACAACCUUCCUUCAUCAUGAGGCAACAAUACUUGUCCAAACUGUAAAUGUCACAUGUCACAAGUGUCACUAGUCAAACUCAUCCUAACUGAUGUUAUAUUAACUGAACAUACUUUGCACUGGUGGAACCAGAGGUGGUGUUGGUGGUCAUGUAUAUAUAUUCGCUUUAAAAUCCAUGCAAAACCUGCUGUUUAUUUGUGUUCCUGCAGAAUCCCUGCAAUAUUUCACUGUCGAUCUGCCUGUCUUCUCUCUGAAGUCACCAUCCUUGUGUUCACCAAGGAGCAGUAUAUAGUUAUGUCAUGUUAUUCAUUGCUGUGUACGUGAUUCCCAACAUUUCAGCAUUAUUUGUUUAUGAUUUCAAUAGUUUCAACAGUGUUGCCAAAAUUUGAAGGUGGAUAACAUAAGCACACAUAUCCACAUAAAGAUGUGAUCAUCUGGGAGAAAUUAUUAUCUUGGCUCUUGUGCAGUGUCUGUUAUUUUACUGAAACAUCGAUUUUAAGAAAUAAAUAAUUUCACAUC